AUGGAAUCCACGACAGCCCCUAACGCCUCCAAAACGCCUAACAGCGACCUCCCCACCAUGUUCCGACCCCCAGUGAACCGUGCAAUGCGGGUUCUGGAUCGCUCAUUCUUCAAGAAGACGGUGCCCCUAUCUGCCGCGACGGUUUUCAAGUCCUCCGAUAUCUCGAAGGUGCGCGGCCAGCUACAAAAGAGUCGGGAUUUGCUGGCCGUUCCGAGAAUUAGUUCGGUCCAGGACGUGAAGGUUAAGGAUGAAGUGAAGAAAUGCUUGUUGCUGAAGGAGGGUAUUAAAUAUGAUGAUGCUACAACAUGGUCGCCAACGAUCAAUGAGCUUGUAGAGAAUGGUGCUGUUGGAAUUGGACGGUAUGAUUUCGAAUUGGACUACGAUUACUGGCCUUAUGCCGAUAUCAUGAACGCAAUUCUGCCGGAAGACAUGCUUGAGGAGCUUCCUCAAGGGUUCACCCAGGUGGGCCAUGUCUCUCAUUUGAAUCUCCGCGAACAAUAUACCCCCUAUAAGUACCUUAUUGCCCAGGUGUUGAAAGACAAGAACCCCACAAUCCGGACAGUGAUUAGAAAGACCGAAGAUGUGGGCGCCCACAGCGAAUUCCGCACAUUUCCCUUCGAGUUCUUGGCCGGCGACGAGGAUAUGAACGUUAUCCAACAUGAGCAGGGCUGUGAAUUCCGAUUUGACUACUCUCGUGUGUACUGGAACAGCCGUUUGGAGACCGAGCACCGUCGACUCGUGAACAAAUUCCGCCCGGGCGAGAUGGUUUGCGAUGUGAUGGCCGGUGUUGGCCCGUUCGCUGUCCCAGCGGGCAAAAAGAAGAUUUUCGUUUGGGCCAAUGACCUUAACCCGCAUGGAUAUGAGGUCAUGCAGGAUGCUAUUCGCAGGAACAAGGUCAACCAAUUUGUGACACCGUUUAACAAGGACGGAAGAGCGUUUAUCCGCUGGUCUGCUAAUGAGCUCUUGCAAACGGAGCCAGUGACUGUCUAUCACCGACCCACUGUCUUUGGUCACUACGUGAUGAACCUUCCGGCGAAUGCUCUCGAGUUUCUUGAUGCAUUUCCUGGUGUCUAUGCUGGCAAGGAAUCCUUAUUUGUGCCGCAUACAUCUACACCUCUUCCAAUGGUACAUGUGUAUUGUUUCUCCGGUCAUUCGGAAGAUGAAGUGGACGACCACAAGGACAUUUGCCAGCGCAUCUCGGAACGAAUUGGCUACACCAUCACGCCGGAGGAUCGAGUCGGGGGAAGUGGAAACGCAGAGCUGGAGCUGGCCAUUCACAAUGUCAGGUUGGUUAGCCCCAACAAGCAAAUGUUCUGCGCUAGUUUCCGUCUACCUAAGGAGGUCGCUUUCCGACAAUCAUCGAAAAGGAAGGCCCAUUGUAUCAGUGCACCACGAGAUAUCACAUACGGUACCAAAAUGAGCGUCCAAUUGCCACCCCCAACACAUCGCAAGCGCGCCUUGCCCCAAGGCGAGCUCGAAGCCGCCUCGACUCUCAGACUAGGCGCGGACCAGAAUACCCAUACUUUGUCGCUUUCCGAAGCAAGACUCGUCAUCAACAAAGUGCUGGAGAACAAGCGCAGGGGUGGAAAGAAAUACGAGGAGCCGGAGAACCUUACCAAGACCCUGGACUAUCUGGAAGUAUUUGCUCGAUUCAAGGACGAGGAAAACAUCAAGGCCGUCGAGCGACUGCUCAAUUCGCAUACGGAGUUGGAGAUGUUCGAGCGGUCACAACUGGGGAGUUUGUGCUGCGAUAAUGCCGAGGAAGCCAAGUCCCUCAUCCCCAGUCUUCAACACAAAAUCUCCGAUGGCGAUCUGCAAGAGCUCUUGGACGAGCUGACCAAGCUGCGGAAUUUCACGGAGUAA